ACAGAGAGAUCUGAGAGCAGAGAGGAGAGAAAUCUGAAAUCGUGACCCAAAAACCAAAGAGGCGGAGAGAAAAGAAAAGAAAGUCAUAAAACCCCAGCGAGUGACCUUGAGUGACCCCAGUGCGACCAUAGCACAAAGCUCAACCGGAGAAGACAAUGGAUCCGGCGAACACGCCACUUGGCAAAAUGCUAUUGGACGAGAUCACUCCGGUCGUCAUGGUCCUCUCUACUCCUCUCGUCGAAGAAGCUUCCCUCAAGAACCACCUCUCUUUCGUUCAGAUGCUCAGCCCUUUCUGCUCCUUCAACAACAUCGAUGUACCUGUACGGACAGCGAGUGAUCAGCCUUAUCGGCUUCAAAAGUUCAAGUUGCGGUUGUUUUCCGCUUCGGAUAUUCGGCAGCCGAAUUUGGAGGUAGCGAAAGAGCAACUGAAACAUUUUAUUAGCCAAGCUGGGGACAAAGAUGACAUGUUUUCAGACCCGCCCCAAAUUAGUAAUCUACUCGCCAGCUCUGAAUCUGAAAUUCAACCCUCAUGGUUUCAGUUUUUCAAUAAAGAGCUUGUACGUACGGUGUCUUUUUCAGAACAUGAAGCUUUUGACCAUCCUGUGGCAUGUCUUUUGGUUGUUUCCUCAAAGGAUGAACAGCCUAUUAACAGAUUUAUUGACCUAUUUAACACCGACAAAUUGCCUUCUCUUCUUAAUGAUGGUGCGAUGGACCCAAAAAUUUUGAAGCAUUAUCUAUUGGUGCAUGAUAAUCAAGAUGGCAGUCCAGAGAAAGCAGCUAAGAUUUUGACAGAAAUGAAGAGUACAUUUGGCUCAAAUGAGUGUCAAUUACUUUGCAUUAAUUCUUCUCAUGAUGGGCCGGUUGAACCUCAAGAUAAUCCUUGGGCUCCUUAUGAAUCUGAUGUUUCACCUAGCCAGUGUGUUGGUUGCUUUCUUAAUAUUGACGACUCUAAUGAGAUAAAAGAUCUCAUGCAAGAUUUAUCAUCUAAACACAUCAUUCCUUACAUGGAGCAAAAAAUACGUUUUCUGAAUCAACAGGUUUCCGCCACACGGAAAGGUUUUAGAAACCAAAUAAAAAAUUUAUGGUGGAGAAAAGGGAAAGAAGAUGCAGUGGAUUCCCCAGAUGGUCCUAUGUAUACCUUUAGCUCCAUUGAAUCUCAGAUUAGAGUUUUGGGUGACUAUGCCUUCAUGUUACGGGAUUAUGAACUUGCGUUAUCAAAUUAUCGUCUAAUUUCCACAGAUUACAAGCUUGAUAAAGCCUGGAAACGUUAUGCUGGAGUACAGGAAAUGAUGGGUCUUACAUUCUUCAUGUUGGAUCAAUCAAGAAAGGAGGCAGAGUAUUGCAUGGAAAAUGCUUUUAAUACUUAUUUGAAAAUUGGGUCAUUAAGUCAGCAAAAUGCGACACGGUGUGGCCUUUGGUGGGUAGAGAUGUUAAAGACAAGAGAUCAGUAUAAAGAGGCUGCUGUUGUUUACUUUCGCCUUUGUAGUGAGGAACCUCUACAUUCAGCUGUAUUUCUUGAGCAAGCAUCUUAUUGCUAUUUGUUGUCCAAACCUCCUAUGUUACGCAAGUUUGGAUUUCAUCUUGUUCUGUCUGGUGAUCGGUACAAAAAAUGUGAUCAGAUUAAACAUGCAAUUCGCACAUAUAGAAGUUCUGUGUCUGUUUUCGAAGGAAUUAUGUGGGGCCAUAUCAAAGACAAUGUUCAUUUCCGAAUUGGACAGUGGUAUGCUAUUCUUGGGAUGGAUGACCUGGCUGUCAAACAUAUGUUGGAGGUCCUGGCCUGUAGUCAUCAACCCAAGACAACGCAGGAGUUAUUCCUGAGAGACUUUCUUCAAAUUGUUCAGAAAACAGGGAAAACAUUUGAGGUAUUGAAACUUCAGCUGCCUCAGGUCAACAUCUCUUCACUUAAGGUUGUUUUUGAAGACCAUCGAACUUAUGCAUCACCUGCUGCUGCUACUGUUAGAGAAAGUUUGUGGCAAUCUUUAGAGGAGGACAUUAUUCCCCCAUUGUCUAAUGUCAGGACUAACUGGUUGGAUUUACAAUCAAACUCAAAAAAGUACAAAGAAUCAAACGUUUGUGUGGCAGGAGAAGCAGUAAAGGUGGAUAUCGAAUUUAAAAACCCACUGCAGAUCCCUAUUUCCAUCUCCGGAGUUUCUCUGAUAUGUGAGCUUUCUCUAGGAUCUGAUGGUAUGAAAUUUGAUGCAAGUAGCUCAACUGUGGAGCUUCAGAAUGACGAUGACUUCAAAAAUUUGAUCACCAAUAGGGACAUGAGCUCUGACAAUGUUUCAUUUACCUUAUCUGAGGUUGACGUUUUGUUGGGAGGGGCUGAAACAACUGUGGUCAAACUGACAGUUACUCCCAAAGUCGAAGGAUUGCUACAAAUUACUGGUGUUAGGUGGAAAUUGUCAAGUUCUGUAGUUGGUUUUCACAACUUUGAGUCCAAUCAUAUGAAGAAAAAAAAUGCAAAGGGAAGAAGGAAAUCUAAGCAUUCUUGUAGUGAUAACCUGAAGUUUAUAGUGAUCAAGAGUCUACCCAAGCUCGAGGGUUUCAUUGAUUCUGUACCUGAAAAGGUAUAUGCAGGAGAUUUACAGCGUCUUGUUUUGGAGUUGAGGAACCAAUCAGAAUUUGCUGUGAAGAAUCUGAAAAUGAAGGUUAGCCAUCCUAGAUUUCUGAACAUUGGGAACCAGAAAAAUUUGAACUCAGAGUUUCCAGCUUGCCUAGAAAGGAAGACAAGCUCUGAUCCAUGUUGUGUUGGUGAUAGUUCCAGUAGCUUGUCUCAGAACGUGUUUCUGUUUCCUGAGGACACUUUAAUUCAAGAGGGAACACCCUUACUGUGGCCUGUUUGGCUUUGGGCUGCCAUUCCUGGAGACAUUAACUUGUACAUAACUGUAUAUUAUGAGAUGGCAGAUGUAUCACGCGGCAUGAGAUUCCGGACGCUACGCAUGCAUUAUAAUCUGCAGGUAGUACCAUCGUUGGACUUGUCAUUCCAAAUCAGUCCCAGUCCAUCAAGAUUGCAUGAGUUCCUUGUGCGCAUGGAUGUUGUCAACAAGACUAGCUCUGAGAGUUUACAGGUUCAUCAGCUAUCAUCUGUCGGGGGCCAGUGGGAAAUCUCACUUCUUCAGCCUGUUGAUACAAUAUUCCCUUCACAAUCUUUAAUGGCUGGUCAAUCAUUGUCUUGUUUCUUCAUGCUUAAGAGUUGCAGGAAGUCAUUAACUUCUGAAGACAAGAUAUCUACACUUUCCCCAGUCCUUGGAAGUGAUGUAGGAUUGGGUCCUGAGGAUAGUAAUCAACCACUUUUUGAUGUUUCUAGCUCACCUCUGGCUGAUUUUCAUCAUUAUGAAAGAUUGCACCAGGAAAUGUCACAUCAGGGAGACCCAAAUGCAGUUGACUUCAUAUUAAUUUCUCGGCCACUGACUUCUGGUGAUUCUGAAAGACCUCAUCUUUUUUCUCAUCAUGCUUGUCACUGCAGUACUUCAAACGCAAGCCCAAUAUCGUGGCAAGUGGAUGGGCCUCGGACACUAUAUCAUGACUUCUCUGCCUCCUUUUGCGAAAUUAAUUUUAGGAUGAUUAUUUACAACUCAUCAGAUGCUGUUGCAUCUGUUCAUGUUAAAACCUUUGAUUCCGUCAAUACUGGUGGCCAUCUAAGCGAAGGAACUUCAUCCCCUUCUGGAAACCAAUCAGGGUGGCAUUGGCAUGAUGCUUCAGUUGAGAAAGACAUUAAAGUCACAUCUGAUGUCCUUGGAUCUAGAGUCAGAAAGUCAUUGUCACUGGAAAGUGUCACCCCAUUCGUUUGGUCAGGGACGAGCUCUACCAGCAUCCAAAUUCAACCUAUGUCCAAAACUGAAAUUCCUCUUCAGAUUUGUGUGUUCUCUGCUGGGAUAUAUGAUCUGUCAAACUAUGUUUUGCAAUGGAAUCUUCUAUCAUCCGAGGGUCCGGAAAGUCUGGAGGGAACAAGACAGUCAUCAGGUACAUGCCAAGGGUAUCCAUAUUAUCUUAGUGUGCUCCAAUCAUCUUAAAAUUUUAGCUUGUGUAUUUUGGUACUGUAACUUUGGCGUGUAAAUCAUAGUGUUUUGAUGUAUUUUUCACAGUAGGAUUUAUGAAAAAAAAGCUAGUGAAGGUAGGAACAGAAAUUAAAUUCUUUUUUAAUUCUUGGAAGAAUAAGAGCAGUGGGAAAAAGCGAAUUUAUUGCCAAAUGAUGUACAUGGACCGCCAUUUUUGAAUAGAGAAAUUCAAAGUUAUUUUUAUUUUUAUUA